AUGGCGGGCGGCGAGGAGAUCGGGACAGAAGGCGGCCUCGGGGAGCCGCUCCCCACUUCUGACGAGCCGCCGCAGCCUCUCGCUGAGGGACUCCCCGAGGAGCAGCCCCGGCCCGGCCCGCCUCACGGCGAGGAGGAGGAGGAGGAAGAGUCGGAGCUCUCAAAGGGUCGCUUGGAGGGAGUAUUGGAUGAAGACACCGCUGCUGAGGGACUCCACACCUUCGGCCGCUCAGCCCCUGGCACUGAAUUUGUUUAUCUGCAUCUGACACUUCCAGGCCGUGACUUGAGUGACGUCAGCAUUCUCUCUGGAUAUGUCCACCUGCAGAAGAUGGAGCUGUCCUCCAAUAAAAUUCACGAUCUCUCCUGUGUCAGCCACAUGCCUUAUUUAGUGGAGCUGAAUGCUUCCAGAAACCAACUGAGCACCUUUUUCAAUUUUAGAGCACCCAAAAACCUCAGGGAAGUCGAUUUUUCCCACAAUCAAAUCCCAAAAAUGAAAGAUUUAUCAGCAUACCACUCGCUAACCAAACUCCUGCUGGAUUACAAUGAGAUCGAGGAGAUCAGAGGGCUGGAGGAGUGUCACAGCCUGAGCCAGCUGGGACUGUCACACAACAGGCUCCGGGCCACCAGGGGCCUGCAGAACCUGCCCAUCCGAAUCCUCGACCUGAGCUUUAACCAGAUUGAGAAGGUGAAUGGGCUGAAGAGCUUGAAAAAUCUGCAGAGGCUGGAUCUGUCCAACAAUAAAAUAAACAGUCUGCAAGGCUUGGAGGAGCACGACCUGCUGGAGGUGAUCAACCUGGAGGAUAACCAGGUGGCUGAGCUGAGUGAGCUUCAAUGGAUUGAAGAUCUGCCUCUCCUCAGGGAUUUAAAUCUUCUAAAAAACCCUCUACAGGAGAAAGAUGAGUAUUGGCUCUCGGCGAUUUUCAUGUUGCUCCAAGUCACAGAUCUGGAUCUCAAAAAGGUCUCAGUGGAAGAAAAGGUGGCCGCUGUGAAUAGUAAGGAUCCUCCUCCUGAAGUUGUGGCUGCCGAAGAUCACAGGACUCAGCUUUUCUACAACCUUCAGCAGCCCCAGGGAGUCCUGAGCAGCACUUUGCCUGGCUCUGAUGAGCCCUACCCCAUGCUGGUGUUGCUGGGCCCCGUGGCCGGCGGCCGGAGGCAACUGUCCCUCAAAAUCUGCAGACAAUUCAAGAAUUUCCUCAGAUUUGGGCCCUGCCACACCACCAGGAAAGCUUAUUAUGGGGAAGAAAACAGAUUUGAUUAUUAUUUCAUUUCUCAAGAAGAAUUUGACAAAAUGGUGGAAGCAGGAAAAUUUCUGGCAACCUACAAGUACAGCGGCCACUGCUACGGACUGGCAAGAGACACGGUGGAAUCCAUAGCCAGGGAGGGCCUGGGCACCUGUGUCCACCUGGAAAUAGAGGGCGUCCGUAGCUUGAAGAGGACCCACUUCAAACCCAGGUACAUCCUGUUGGUACCGAUGGACAAAUGGAAAUACGGGGAACACCUGAGGAGGACAGGGCUGUUCAGCAGGCCAGAGAUUGAAGAGGCAGUGAACAGGGUGGACAUGUACCUGCAGAUCAACCAGGAGUGCCCUGGGUACCUGGAUGCCGUCAUCAACACGGAUGAGCUGGAGGAGGCAUUCACAGAGCUGACUCACCUUGUCAGGGUCUACCUGGGCAUGGAGCCACCGGACGUUUUGGAGCACAUGCAAGGCUCCAGGAACAGGGCAGGUUCCGGAAGUCAGCUCUUCCCCGAGGAAAAGCCGUCUCCGCGCGCUCAGGCUCCGUCCCACGGCAACAUCUCGGAGCCUUGCACCAAAAGCUAUCCCAGAGACCUCCUGGAACUGCUGACGGCACCCCCAGGCUCUGUGGGUUCCUUCCUCCCUUUUUAA